AGCUCAUAGAAAGCCAAAAAAGUGAAAAACCACUAAACAUUCUUUUAGCACUUGAAGGUGUUAUAAGCAUUCUGACAAAUACUACUAACUAAGAUAGCUCGCCAAAGAGGCUAUGGCGUUUUCUUUUUUCUCAGCAUCCUUCAUUCAUCCCCAGCUCCAUUCUAUUGUGGCCAAAAUGACCCUCUUUGAUACCAUACUCUUCUAUGUGAUACAUUUUGUGGACAAGUUUGGAAUGUGGCAUAGGCUACCAGUGUCUUUGGGGCUAGCAUACUUGGGAAUUAGGAGGCACUUGCACUACCGUUACAAUCUCUUGCAUGUUGGAGGACUCACUGGCCAAAACUAUGAUACCAAAGACUACGCAUAUCGGACGCCGGCCGGUACCUGCAAUCACCCCUCCGAUGAUUUGAUAGGUAGCCAGGGAACUUUCUUCGGCCGGAACAUGCCGCCGACAACCAUAGAUCAUGGGGUACUAGAUCCUUGCCCAAGCUUGGUAGCGUCGAAGCUCCUAGCAAGAAAGAGUUUCAAAGAGGUGGGAAAGCAAUUCAACAUGAUAGCUUGCUCAUGGUUACAGUUCAUGAUUCAUGACUGGGUUGACCAUUUAGAGGACACUCAACAGGUGGAAAUCAAAGCUCCUGAUAGUUAUUCAAGUGGCUGUCCUCUAAAGUCUUUCAAAUUUUUCAAGACUAAGAAAUUCAAAACAGGCUCUUCAAAUAUCAAGUUUGGCUGCCAAAACAUUAGGACUCCUUGGUGGGAUGGAAGUGUCAUAUAUGGGAAUGAUGAGAAGGGAAUGAGAAGAGUAAGGGCAUUCAAAGAGGGAAAGCUGAAGAUAUCAGAAGAUGGGCUUCUAGAGCAUGAUGAGAAAGGUAUUCCUAUCUCAGGUGAUGUUCGGAAUUGCUGGGCUGGCUUUUCCCUUCUGCAGGCCUUAUUUGUCAAAGAGCACAAUGCUGUGUGUGACAUGAUAAAAGAGCACUAUCCUGAUAUAGAUGAUGAGCAGGUCUAUAGACAUGCAAGGUUGGUGACUUCAGCAGUCAUUGCAAAAAUCCACACAAUUGAUUGGACUGUAGAACUCUUAAAGACUAAUACUCUUCUGGCAGGGAUGAGGAUAAACUGGUACGGAUUUUUGGGGAAGAAAUUCAAAGAUUUGUUUGGAAACAUAUUUGGACCUGUACUUAGUGGAUUGGUUGGUCUUAGGAAGCCAAGAGAUCAUGGAGUUCCCUACUCACUUACUGAAGAGUUUGUGAGUGUUUACAGAAUCCAUUCACUGCUACCUGAUGAAAUUGUACUUAGAAACAUCAAGUCUACAACAGGAGGAGACAAAUGCCCUCCAGUAGUUGAAAAGGUGCCAAUGAGGGAAAUGUUGGGAAAAGAAGGGGAAAGAAGGCUAUCAAUCAUAGGAAUGGAGCAAAUGUUAGUAUCCAUGGGUCAUCAAUCAUGUGGUGCAGUUACUUUAUGGAACUACCCUACAUGGCUAAGGAACCUCAUUUCACAUGAUAUUGAUGGAGAAGAUAGACCUGAUCCGGUUGACAUGGCUACCAUGGAAGUGUAUAGAGAUAGAGAAAGGGGAGUUGCAAGGUACAAUGAAUUCAGGAGAAACUUAUUGAUGAUCCCUAUUAGUAAGUGGGAAGAUUUAACAGAUGAUGACGAGGUCCUUGAAGCUCUCAAAGAGGUGUAUGGAGAUGAUGUUGAGAAGCUGGACUUGAUAGUAGGUCUCCAUGCAGAGAAGAAAAUAACAGGGUUUGCUAUCAGCGAGACUGCUUUCUUUAUUUUCCUAAUGAUGGCUUCUAGGAGGCUAGAGGCUGACCGUUUCUUCACAACAAAUUUCAAUUCCAAAACAUACACAGAUAAAGGGCUUGAAUGGGUGAAUAAAACAGAGACUUUGAAGGAUGUGAUUGACAGGCACUUCCCUGAAAUGACUAAAAAGUGGAUGAAGAGCUCAAGUGCAUUCUCUGUGUGGCAUUCAAUGACAGAUCCUACUAAGUAACUACAUACCUCUGUACUUGAGAGCACCCCUCUAAUAAUGAUAAAUCAUUGGCACCAAGCGAGGGAAUGCUAGACAUUUGGUAAUUCCCCCUUGCCAAAAUAAAAGAUCUCAUUGAAGCAGCUAAUCCCAUGCAUAUUAUCGGUAUAUGAACAUCCGAGUGUACAAAUUGUAUAGUAUCACAAAUAGCUACUCCAGGGAUUACCCAUCCUCCUGAGAAAUUAAUAAAGAGAGACAAAUCUUUUUUAUCA